UUGAUUGAGAGCUACACAAAAUUCUACUUCAAUUUGGGAUUCACUGUCACAACCCUCCAAAUAUCUGUGUUUCUCAUUUAUAUUCUCUCUUUUAUUGUAAAAAAACCUUCCAAUUUUUUCCCAGUUUAAUUUGUUCACAUUUACAUUGACACCAAGAAGCCCAAUUUCUGAUCUUGAUUUCAUUUUCUUGGAUGAAGAAAACCCAUCAAGUUUUUGUUUUUGUUUUUGUUCUCUCCUGCUAGAUUGUGGAUCCCGGUCAUUUAAUGUUUUUCUCUACAACUUUGAUGGCUUUAAGGAUUUCUCUCUGUCUCUGAUGUGUGUCAGCACAGGUGGAAUUUGUCACCUACUGCAACUAAUUUGAGUUCUUUUUUGUUUUCUUGAAACACCCAUUAUAUGAAAAUUGGGGUUUCUUAUUUGCUUUAUGAAGGAGUGGAAAUCAAAAAUUGAAUCUUUUUGCCUUAUUCUUGAAGCCCUCAUCUCAUCUGCAAUGGAGUAAUAUGGUGGGUGUGUUUGAUAUGAGCUCUUAUUGAUGAAGGAAAGUGGUUUGAUGAGGGUGUUGUUCUGCAAGAUUCACUGUCCAUUCAUUUGUUUCUGCAAGCCCUCUGCUGCCCAUCUUUACACUCAAGCCCCACUGAAACUGGAAAAUACCCCCCAUGUCCCUUCUUCAACUGUUGCUGGUGAUCCCUCUGGAGAGAUUGGUGAGGCUAAAGAAGAGAGUCUACAGGGGAGUAAGCAACAAGCUGCCAUUAAUGGUGGGCGUAGAAGCUGCAUUAGAAAGGCCCCUAAGGAGAUUGAGAAGAAGAAGAGUGUACAAUGGGUGGAUAACUUGGGGAAAGAAUUGGUUGAGAUCAAGGAGUUUGAAACCAGCUUCACAGGUUAUGACUUCAAGCUGGAUAACACGAAGCGCAUCAUGCACAUAUGUCUUUAGCAGCAAACGCGAAACGCAUCACUCAUCUGGUUUAACUUGGUCGGCAUAUGUCUUCUAUCGGUCAUGGGCGGCUUUCAUUCUUUCUUGAGACAACUCAACUUUUCCGGUGACACUUGCAGACGCUACGAUCAUAGGGUUACCCGAUCUACAAAAUCUUCCCAACUGAACGGGCUACUACACUUCUUUGCUUUGACCUUCUGACAGCUUAGGCGAACUCCAUUUCUCUUGAAAGAUGCAACUCAGAACCAUUCCAUAAGGUAAAUUCGUUUUGGGGACAGAAAGUUAAAACUAGUAUGGUAGUAUAUAAAGGAAAACAUUUAUAGAACGUAUGCUCAUUUUGAAAAUUUUACCCAAUAAGGAAAAAGAGAGUGAAAGGGUUAAGGUUCAAGAUUCAAGGACACGUCAGUUAAGAAUAUAAUCAAGAGUUAUCAAAGUUACAACUUAGGAAGGAAGGUUGUCACCUUGCACAUAAUCAUUUCAAGAGGCGAACAAGAACCACGUUCGAGAGGAUGGGGAUGACUUUUCAAUAAAGGUGACGUCAAGUUCUCUAAAGAAAAGAGUAGGACUCGGCUUCGGAAGAAAAUAAGAACGAGGUUCAAAGAGGCCAAAAGAAUUUCUCAGUCACGGGAAUAUCAAGUUCUUUAAGGAAAAGGAAUGGAAAGAACUUGGCUUGAGAAAAGAUAGGGGCGAGGUUGAAAGCAUGAAAAUUGUUUUGCAACAAUAGGGCAUUCAUAUUUCCAAA